CAUUUUAGGGCUGUGCAACGUCGCGGAGCGUCCACGUCGGUCGGUGGGUGCUGGUUGUCGGGCGGCGAAGUCAUUGUCGCGCUGAAUCAAGGGCCCCCUCUUUCCAGUCUGUUCGUGCGGGAGGGAGAGGCCCGCUUUCGGCUACUGCUCGCCGUCUCUUUCCACGCCGAUCGUUCGUCCCCCCCCCCCCUUCGCCGCGCUUUCUGGAACUCGGAUCGCGAGUCCUUAGAUGGCCAGCUUCCCGGGAUCUGUCAACGAGAAUGAAAUAGCACAAGCCCGGCUAAUUGCUGAUCUUUGGGCACCCAGUGCUCCAUUUGAACAGAAAUCUGGCUGUGAAACCUGGACCGUUGCCUUUGCACCUGAUGGCUCAUACUUUGCUUGGUCUCAAGGUCAUCGUAUAGUGAAACUAGUCCCUUGGUCUCUGUGCCAAAAUAAAUUGUGUUUUGAUGAGUAUAAUAAUACCGUGAAUAAGAGCCCCAGAAAACAAAAUUCUGAUGCUCAGAAGAAUACACCAGAAGAGCAUACAAUAGACUGCGGAGAUAUUGUGUGGUCCCUUGCUUUUGGUUCCUCUGUACCUGAGAAACGUAGUCGCUUCGUGAACAUUGAAUGGCACCGAUUCAAGUUUGGCCGAGACCAGCUGUUGUUGGCAACUGGCUUGAGCAAUGGGCGUAUCAAAAUUUGGGAUGUGUACACAGGUAAAUUCCUUCUUAAUUUGAUGGACCAUAAUGAAAUUGUUCGUGAUUUGACCUUCACACCUGAUGGCAGCCUUAUCCUUGUUUCUGCAUCAAGAGAUAAAACUCUGAGGGUCUGGGACCUUAAUGAUGAUGGCAAUAUGGUAACCGUACUGAGGGGCCAUAACAACUGGGUGUACAGCUGUGCCUUCUCCCCAGAUUCAAACAUUCUCUGCUCUGUUGGAGCUGGAAAAGCGGUUUUUCUGUGGAACAUGGAAAAAUACACCAUGAUUCGUAAACUUGAAGGUCAUCUGAAUGAUGUCGUAUCAUGUGAAUUCUCUCCUGAUGGAGCAUUAUUGGCUACAGCCUCUCAUGACACACGAGUUAUUGUUUGGGAUCCACACGUAGGCAGAAUUUUGUUGGAGCUGGGGCACUUGUUUCCACCUCCUACUCCAAUAUUUGCUGGUGGAGCAAAUGAUCAUUGGGUGAACUCAGUUGCCUUUUGCCAUGAUGGUAUGCACAUUGCUAGCAUUGCUGAUGACAAAAUGCUAAGGUUUUGGAGCAUUAAUUCUGAUUGUCCAGUAGAGGUUGCUCCUUUAUAUAAUGGGAUAUCCUGUGGCUUUUCUCCAGAUGGCCAUGUCCUUGCUACAGGAUCACGAGAUGGAAGUGUUCACUUUUGGACUACCCCGAAACAAGUCUCCAGUCUUCAGCAUCUCUGCCGCAUGGCUCUACGAAGAGUGAUGGCUACCAGGACCGUUGAGAAACUGCCUGUCCCAUCACAGAUAGUUAACUACUUGACAUAUCGCAUAAUCUGAUCCAUUUGAGCUGCUUAACUUCAAAGGCUUAAGAACAAGUUGCUUUUAUGAUUCAAGUGUAUUAAAGCAGGUGAUUUUUGCUGCCUUGUAAAGCAAGAAAGUGCAUGGACAACUCGUACAGACUUUUAAACUGUACAUACCCUGUACAUUUUUAUAUAUAGCUGUGUACAGUAUUAUUUUAUGUUCCUUUGCUGUUGAUAGUCCAAUCUAUUAUUACAGAUUGGUCAUUUUUUCAGGUCAAUUUGUGGUAUUGAGAAAAUGGGCACAAAGUUUUGUUUGGUCUUUGCUCCAGUCCACAGCAGGAAAAACUGUCAACUGCCAAAGAUUUGAACACUUGCAAAUGCAACCUUACUGUACUUCAAAUGUGAAUUUAUUUUUGUUCAUUUUAUAAGUAUUAAAAAGCUAAAUUUUGUCUGUCA